AUGUCAGAUUAUGAUGAAAAAAUUAUAUUCACAUGUAUAAGUUGUAGAAUUCAAUUUGAAAAUAGUGAGGAACAAAGAGACCAUUAUAAAUCUGAAUUACAUAGAUUCAAUUUAAAAAGAAAAGCAUUCGACUUACCACCAGUGAAUGAACAAACUUUUAAAAAUAAAGUUGAAGCAUUAAAACAAGAGGAAUCAAAAUCAAAAACACCAGCAAAAUUUGAAUGUAGAAUUUGUGAUAAAGAAUUCAAUUCCGAUGGUACUUAUCAACAACAUUUAACAUCAAAGAAACAUAAAGAAAUGGUUUCAUCUGGUGCUAAAGAAGUUAUUAGAAAUAGAAAACCAAAAGAAGAAAAGAAAUUACCAGAAACCAUUGAAGAAGCUGAAGCAAUCUUGGAAGAGAAAAUUAAAAACUCUAUUAAAUUACCAUUAGAAAAUUGUUUAUUCUGUAAUAAUCUUGGUAAAACAGUUGAAGAUAAUUUAAAACAUAUGGCAAAAGAACAUUCAUUCUUUGUGCCAGAUAUUGAAUAUUUAGCAGAUUUAGAAGGAUUGUUACGUUAUUUACUUGAUAAAGUUUCAAUUGGUAAUGUUUGUUUAUAUUGUAAUGGUAAAGGUAAAGUUUGUCAAAGUAAAGAUGCAACUCAAACACAUAUGAGAGAUAUGGGUCAUUGUAAAAUAAAUACAGAUACUGAAGAUGGUGAAGAUGAAAUUAUUGAAUUUUACGAUUAUUCCAAGAGAGAUGGUGCUGUUACCGAUGAAAAUGGUGAAUUGGUUGCUUAUAAACCAGAGAUUACCGUUUCAACUCAUGAAAUUACAUUUGCUGAUGGUACAACAAUUGGUCAUCGUGAUUAUGCAGUUUACUAUAAACAAAAAUAUGCUCCAGUUAAUAGAAGAGAAGAAUUCCUUCGUGGUGUCGUCGGUCAAUAUAAACAAUUGGGUUGGCACGAAGCUCCAAAAACUGCAUACGAAUUAGAUAAGAAGUUUACUAAACGUACAAAGAUUUUAGAAUUAAAAGUUGGAAUGAAGAAAAAUACCCAAAGGUUCGUAUACUUACCUCCUUCAAUCAUUACCUAUAUAUAUUAUACUCUAGAAAUAAAUAUUAACAUUAAACCCUUUAAAUACACAAAAGAUUUUACAAAAACCAACUUUUGGUCCAAUAAGCUGGCCUGGACGAAAGAAUUCCAUCUAUGCUCAUUAUUACAUUUCAUUUAG